AUGCUCAAAUUCGGCAUCGCUAAUUCUACGGAUGACUUUGAAAUAGUAACAAAAGUCCCAAAGCUUUCGCGUAAAAGACCUAAAACUUUGAUUAAAAGUGCAAAGACCGGGAAGAAAAAAUGCACAAAAAAGGCUAAGGAAGAAGAUCAAGUUUUGAAACCUGCGUGGACGGAUGACGAUGAUAUUACUCCACAAAUAUCAAUUCGGCCUCCACGAGCCUUAGACGUGUUUGCAAAAAUAGAUCAGCUUAAAAACGUGAAAUCAGUUGGCUCAGAUGAUGAAGGGAAUUGCAUUUCCUCUCGGAAAUCUGCUGCAUGUGAUGAAAAAGGCUCUAAAAUACUCUCUUACGGAAAAGAAAUAGGCGUUAAGAGACUUAGUGAUGUCAAUCGUGAGAGAAGGUCAAUGGCUUCAAUCGUAUCAACUGAGUUCAAUACACACCACCGUAUGCUUUUAACUGCAAGCGUAGAUAGUACUAUGGCUUUUUUCAAGGUUGAUGGCUCGGAAAAUGCACUACUGCGUGAUCGUGUGUAUGAAAACUUUUCUCUUUCCUCAGCUAAGUUUACAGCUUACGGUGAUAAAGUUAUUUUUACCGGGAAUGUUGGCUCGUUUCGUAUUUAUAAUUUAGAAACUGGAAAUGAAAGUCGUGCAAGACGAUUUAUUGGUUCAUCAACAGACGAAACAAUCACUAAAUGUUUUAUUUCACCAGUUCAUCCAAAUUUGGUAGCCCUGGGAACCAAUGGAAGUGCUGUGUAUCUGGCCGAUUUACGAAGUUUAGAAAAAAUUUCAGUUAUGAGAGCAAGUGGUAUAACCAAUUCAAUUUGUUUCACCCAAGAUGGAACAUUUUUGAAUACUUAUGGGGCUGAAGGUUCUAUCUAUGUAUUUGAUCUACGAGUUAAUAAAGCUAGAAUUAUUCAUCGUUGGUUUGAUCAAGCCAGUACAAAUGGUUUAUCUAUCUCUUCUUCACCUAAUUCACAAUGGAUUGCUUGUGGGGCAGAUAGCGGUUAUGUAAAUGUUUACAAAUGGUCAUCUACGAUGAAUACAGAGAAUCCGCUACCUGAUAAAGCUAUUGGUAAUUUAGUUACCGGUGUUAAUUCGCUUUGUUUUCAUCCCUCUAAUGAAAUUCUCUGUCUGGCUUCUUCACAACGUCCGGAUGCUGUUCGACUUUAUGAUGUAAACGAAAGUAUAAUCUUUGAAAACUUUCCCGCUCGUGUUGGUACUUUAAACAAACCCACAUCAAUUGGAUUUAGUCCUGGUGGGCGAUUUCUUUGUGUUGGACAAUGUAAUGGUCGCGCUGCUCUUUACGCUUUGAGUCAUUACAACGACUAUUGA